UGAGCGCCGCGCCUUGCCGAGCGGCCGAGCUCAGUUAGCUGUGUCCCGAGUGAGGAGCGGACGGAGCGGACCGGACAACUGGAAUCUCUCCGCCUGAACAGGACGCGCUCGCCUUCCACAGAGACAGUCAAGCAGAGCAGCAGGUUCGGGAGAGAUGGGGAACCGAGUCCCUCGGGAGGAUUUCGAGUGGGUUUACACAGACCAGCCGCAUGCGGACCGGAGGAAGGAGAUUCUGGUGAAAUAUCCCGAGAUCAAGUCUUUGAUGGGUCCUGACCCCAGGCUGAAAUGGAUCGUCUGUAUGAUGGUUGGAGUUCAGUUCCUCGCCUUCUACCUCGUUAAGGACUUGGAAUGGAAGUGGGUGUUGUUUUGGACGUACGUGUUCGGGAGCUGCAUAAACCACUCCAUGACGCUGGCCAUUCACGAGAUUUCCCACAACACCGCGUUCGGCAACAACCGCGCCAGGUGGAACCGCUGGUUCGCCAUGUUCGCCAACCUGCCCAUCGGCCUGCCGUACUCUGCCUCCUUCAAACGCUACCACCUCGACCACCACCGAUACUUGGGCGGCGACGGCGUGGACGUGGACAUCCCCACCGACUUUGAAGGCUGGUUCUUCUGCACCCGCCUCCGCAAGUUCUUUUGGAUUAUCCUGCAGCCGCUCUUCUACGCCAUACGGCCUCUCUGCAUCAACCCGAAGCCCAUCAGCCAGUUGGAGCUGGCCAACGUGGCCGUUCAGUUCACGUUCAAUGCCUUCCUCUACUGGCUUUGGGGGAUCAAGCCCGUGGUCUACAUGCUGGCUGGCUCGAUGCUGGGAAUGGGGCUUCACCCCAUCUCUGGACACUUCAUUGCUGAGCAUUACAUGUUCCUGAAGGGUCACGAGACCUAUUCUUACUACGGAUCUCUUAACCUGCUCACUUUCAACGUGGGCUACCACAACGAACACCAUGACUUCCCCAGCAUCCCUGGAAGAAGGCUGCCUCUGGUGAAGAAAAUAGCGCCCGAGUACUACGACGACCUGCCCUGCUACACGUCGUGGGUGAAGGUUCUGUAUGACUUCAUUAUGGACGACGAGCUGAGCCCAUACUCUCGAGUGAAGAGGAAGCUGAAGGGAGAGGUCAAGCUGGAGUGAGCUGCUCCGCCCGCUCAGUGGCGUCCAGACAGCUUCACUGACCAAAACCGGAGGCCACUGUCGCUCUCGCCGCUAACCGCUUCAGCAGAGUAAUGCAGUUCGACAGCACGUCGUGUGAGAGUGAAGAGACUGUGUGUGUGCGCGAGAGUGUGUGUGCGCGCGCGAGUGUGUGUGUGUGUGUGCGCGCGAGUGUGUGUGCUUUUGAGAGCGAACGGUAAUUUUAGUCACAAACCAUCUAAAGACUUAAGUUCUAACUCAGUCACAGAAAGAAAAUGGAAUCAUUUCUCCUGGUUUUCCGUGGAUCGUAUCCCGAGCGCCUUUAGUCUAAUCCUCGUUUUAGGUCCUCAUUUUGUGCCGCGUUGAUUCGGCACCUUUGCUGUGUUGCGCAUAUUUUGCACCAAAAAUGUUUUAAAGCUUUGUUCAUACAUCAGCUCCGUCCAUUAAAAGUCUCCAAAACGCUAACUUCGCAGGAUAGCAUGGAAAAUGAGAUAUAAAGCUUUAUUCCUGGUCAUUUUGGAGCGUUUCUGUUGGCCCGUUACUCAUAAAGACAAACGAUGUGCUCAAACCAGGUAGAAGAAUAGACACACACGGACAUCCUUUUUGUUUGUUUUUAUAGGGCAGUGAUGCUAUACACUGUAUGAAGACGUAAGAACCUGCCCAGUGUAGUUCAAAAAUCAAGACCUGCCACCUCAGGUGACCCUGACGCGUUUGUUUGAAAGGUGACUCACUCAGCCUGAACGGUCAGACAAGGUUCCUCGAGUUCCUCCUCACACCCCUGCUUAUCACUCUAUCUGCUUUCUAAGAGGUUCCCCUGUGUUGGUUUUCCUCUGUAUCACUGCUGUACACCGUGUGCACUCAAGGUGUGGACCACUUAAAGCUGACUUGACCGAUAUCAAGUCACUUGUGUUUAUCAGUAAAAGGGGUAGCAGGAACAUUCAGACCUCACAUGAGCUUGCUGGCUGAAAACCGGUCUGUACUGUGUUAAAGCACUGGGAUUAAGCACUGGGAUUAAGCCUAGUCCUGUACUACACACCAUUCUGAAUGGAGAGUCUCCAUUAAAUAGAUGAUGUAGUCUAGGACUAAGCUUAAUCAGAAUGGCUUUCCCAACACGUGGUUUACCAUUAAAGCUGCAUCCCACCU